GAAUCUAAUGGAAAAAGAAAGGAGUGGAUGAGUAACAGCAGUUGUCAGGAAGGAAGGAUAUCAAGACAGCGAAAUAAAGUAGAGUUAGCGAGAAAGUGGAUAAAUACUUAAUUUUUUAACGUUUUAAAAAGUAAUAUUUUUAUGUUUUAUAUUAAGUUUAUGGAAUUUAAUAUAUAGUUGACAUAAUUAUUCUAAUCAUUAUUUAAAUUGAACAUGCAAAUACUUUCAUGACAUCAGUAGCGUAAGUCUUGUUAUAUUAAAUCUAUGACUAAUAGCUGGCAAUUUUUGGCGGGGAAAAUCUUCUGACUUUAGUGUGUCUGUGUACACACAGUUUUGUCAGCAUGUUUUGCGAGAAAGCUUUGGAGUUAAUCAAGGAACUUGAUCGUUCACCGGAUUGCCUGUCACCUUUUAAUGAUGAAGCUGUUCGGCAAGUGUUGGAGGAAAUGAAAGCCUUAUUCGAACAGAACCAAAAAGAUGUGAACGCAGCCAUUGCUGGAGACGCGAGCUACAUGUCAGGGGUCCACCUCCGACACGCCGCCCUCGAGAGGAACAAGAGGUGCCUGCUGGCAUACCUGUACAACCGUCUGCGGAGGAUCCGCCAGAUGCGAUGGGAGUUCGGCAGCAUUCUCCCGCCAGACAUCAAGGCCAGCUUGUGUGAACCUGAGGUCCAGUGGUUCUCGAGCUACAGCAAGCUGCUGGCGACGUACAUGGGCUCCAUCGGGGAGGGUAGCGGACUGAACCUCACUCAGGACGUGCGGCCCCCCAAGUCACUCUUCAUAGAGGUGCGGUGCCUGGUGGACUACGGCCGGCUGGAGCUGGACGACGGGGACGUGGUCGUCCUGAAGAGGAACAGCCAGCACCUGCUGCCUCGCUCCCAGUGCGAGCUGCUCGUCCGCCAGGGCGUGCUGGAGCACGUGGCGCGGUGAGCGCUUCCCUGGUCCCGGUGCUCACAUCCACCACGCCGGCCACCCCGAGAACUGUGCACCGCGAUCGAGCUUGUGUUGCUGCGCCCUCUACUUUUAAUACAUAAAUCCUAUGAAGUAUUCAGUUAAUUUAUUUGCUGUUCAACUGAAGGAAAAAUGCAAGAGGUGAAAAAGCAUUUAGUGUGAUGGCACGAGAAGGUGACGUCAGUUUUGGCCAGUUUUCCAUUUUAAAAAAGGCAAGGGGUACAAAAGUUUCAAAAAAUGAGCACAAUAUGUUUCAGUUGCUUCAGUGUAUGUACACACAUAAAAAAGCCAACGCAUAACUUUGCAACUUUUUCCUUUUUGCAAUCCAUAGAUGUAGUUGCCAAGACUAACGUUGGGUUCUUAAAGAGUGAUGAGUGUUGAGGGGUGAUGGGUGGAGGAAACGAGGAUACCUCAAUAAAACGUACCUGCUCAGGGCAACCUCUGUCAUGUUUCCCCACACAAAAAAAAAACCAUAUGAAUUGGACCGAAUGGCCUUGAUAAGAGGCAAGUUUUCUGACCAUUGAUCCUUGUUUUGAUGAGAGAUGUUUAUCCAGGGAAAAGAUCACUACACAUCCAGCAUCCUUCGGAUAGGAAAUGCAUUAGCCAGAAGGUAUCAAACCACCCUACUUUGAAGUAGGAACUGAGGAUUGCUAAAGAGUAGAACAUUAAUUUGCAAGAAAAAAUAAAUUGGAAAAUGUUUAUUAAUGAUACUUGUAAAUGCAUAUACAGUAAACUCUCGAUUAUCCGGGCCUGGAUUAUCAGGUUUUCGGGUUAUCCGUGCUUGAUUUUUUUUAUGAAGUUGUAAAAAAAAAAUGACGGGGUGUAGCUAUGCCGCGACUGCGCUGAGGGUUUUUUUUUUUUUUUUUACUGCUGACCCUUCAGACCCUCGUUCCCCCGCCACCUUCACCCGUCAAUUUGUCACACUUUAAACCAAAAAGGAAUGCCUUGACUGUUGCUUCCGGCUCAACUUCCCCCCCCCCCCUUUUUUUUUCUUUUUCUUUUCAAGCGUUCUUUUCAAAGCGCCCCGCCACGCUAAAAAAAAAAAAGAAAGGUCCCUCUACCUCUUUUACCUUCCCACACUCCGGACGGCUGGAAGAGGCAUUUUUCACGCAGUUAUUUACAUCAGUUCUCCCAGGCACAUUUGUUUUUGUAAUCAUGUCUGGUAAAAGGAAACUUAAAGUGCUGACAAUAGCUUAGAAGUUGUGGACAGGUUAAGAAAAGGAGAAACUGCCGCGAAAUUAGCACAGGAAUAUGAAAUUGUAAUCCAAAACCGUGCGAGACAUUAAUAAAAGUGAAGAAAAACUUUUGCAGUUUGCUUGUAGAUCAGACAGUGUGGCACACACGUACAUACACGGGGGGGGGGGGGGGUUAGGAAUUUCCCCUCUACCGGCCGAAGCAGCCAGUAACACAAUGGGAAGGGGAGGGCUUCUUGAAAACGCGAGUGAGAGAGAGAAAGGGAGCAUGUUUUUCGCCACCAGACAUCCCUUCCUCACCCAAAAAACCCCCACCCAACAACAGCCAUCAUUCUUUCUGGAUAGCUAGGUGCGAGUCAUGGUCCACAGCCCCGGCGCCAGCAUAGCCAGGGCCUACUCUCGCUUUGCAGCCUUUAUUUACUGCAUGAACCUUUUUCCCCUUCCAACUAACGGUAUUUUUCCUUGUUUGAAGAUGCCAUUUAAAUCACUCUCAGCCAACAAGGAAGCACUCAUAAUAACCAGAUUAGUUUAGGAUUACUAUUUACGUAGUCAAACUGAGGGUGCAUUUCAAAACUCUCGUAACUUCCUCUCCCUCCCGUAGCAAUAAAGGGGGCAGGAGAAGGAUGCGGCAACACAGUGCCAGUAUUGUUUACGGUCCAAUAAGCUGGGACACGGUAUACAAAGCCUUUGCUUGUACUCAUAGAAUUCUACUGAAGAGACACUCUUUUGCCAGUAAAUACACAAUUUUUAAGUGGUGAAACGGAUUAUCCGGGUUUUCUUAUGGGGGUUUUCUUAUGGGCAUUCAAUUAUCCGGGCAUCGGAAGGUCCCAAUUAACACGGAUAAUCGAGAGUUUACUGUACGUGUAUUUCAAAACAUUACACAAAACUAUCACUGUACAGCAGACACUUUAUACAGUUUGGAAAUACGUUCAAGGCAAUGUUGGAAGGGAGGUUUCAAUGUAAAAACAACUGUGCUUGGUUGAGCAAAAGUGCAUUAUAGAAGAAAGGGGAAAAUUAUGGAAGAAAAUUGAAUAAAUACUAACAAAGUCACAGUAACAUGUUGAAUGUAAGAGUAAUCAGAUAUUCACAUUUAAUUGACAGAUACUGGCAAAUGACUAUAUGCACAACAUAACUGAAUACAUCCACGAUAUUUAAACUUACAUGCUUAUAAAGUUCAUUGUAACUUUAUAUUCAUUUCUUUUAUUCUCUAGAUGUUGCCAUUAAAAACAAUAUAUCAUUAUAACAUGGAAUAUUAAGUCUUACAUGCUGUGAUGUUAUACCGUUAUACCAUAAAUUUACCUUAAUCAGUAUGCCAUUUCGGUCAGUUUUAGUUUUAACUCCUAUUAAUAAUUAAUAGUCAAAUUUUGACAGUUGGCACUUAGAAAAUGUUACUAAUAUAAUUUCAGAUUGAAAUUAAUUAUUGACAAAGGUUUGAAAACUGCAGUUCACUGGUACAUAUCAUCCCAGCUUUAUAUAGUUGCUAGAAAUAGUAUGUUGUUUGGAAUUUAAAAAAAAGUGAUCAUUUUAAUAAAGUCCAUUUGAUAAAGGAAAUACCAUGUUUUCUCGCAUAAUCAUAGCACAUUUUAUUCUAAAAUAAAGUUUGAAAAGUAGGGGUGCGACAAUUAUGCGGAAAAAAAAUUUUUGUUUGGUAUUGUUAUUCAUAAAACAAAAACCCAUUCAUGGAAGCUACAUUUAUUUUAAAAAAAAGUGGAGUAUACAAGGGCACGCCAAACAAUUUAUAUUAAUAAUUCAUUAAACAAAAACCAAACUAUAACACGAACGCAAGCCACUUGAAUCUGUGUCAUGAAAAUACAUAGUUUUAUACGGAAAAGAUACCUACACAAAGUGCUCGGCAUCUAAUAGUGGGACCACAAACAUCAUGCAACGUUUACGCGAGAAGUUUUUUAUCCCAAUUUUGACGGCCAAAAAUAUAGGUGCGACGAUUAUGCGAUAAAAGAGGGUAACUGCUUUGUACACUACGUGUAUGACUACAUUUGUCAGUCUUUUUUUUUUUUUUAUCAAACACUAGUUGUUAAUUUUAAUAUCCCUCAAACAAAAUACUAUCCAAUGGAUUAAGAGAUGUUAGUUCACACUUUCCUCAGCUAAUAAGUUCUGGAUUCAGGUACGUCAAUUCAUUUUGUUACACCUGUACAGUUGAAAAAAAUUAUUGUAUCUCUUAAUUAGCUUCUGCUGACUGUGCGAUUAGUUAGAGAUGAUUUAACUGAAAUAAUCAGUGGCAUUGAUGGUUUUACUUGUGCGGUAGCUGUCAGCUGGCUCGGAGUAUAGGCCGUAUAUUUGACAAGCAGGGUAGCACCUGCCCUAUUCUACUUACUUGGGAUUCAUUUAUUUAUCCAAUGAGAAUCCAGCACUUUAAAUGAAGUGUCAAAUCACAGGCAAUACAGUUAUGACAUCAUACAAGCAAACAGCCAAUGAACAGGUGAUAUUUCCUCGUAAUAGGCCUGUGUGAAUAUUUGAAUACGAAUACAAAUGAAACAGAUUAUUAUGUAUUCAUAUUUGAUUUGCCUGUGAAUACUAACACAUCAAAAUAAUAAAUGAACUUUGUUAGUGGGUAGAUCUGUUGAGAUAAACCAAGGGCUUGAGGACAGAUAUAUUAGUCUGGCCCCCCCUCACUAUUAUUUAAUGUACAACUUUUAACUUUUCAAACCCCACAAUUCAAAUUUUUUUUAAGGCUUUAAAUGCUGCUGUGACUAUAACUAAGGGUGAUUGUUGUGUAUUGCAUUACUUGUUAGCUUCCUUAUGAAUUCUAUGAACAAUAAAACUGUAAUUUUUGUCUUAUCAGGGUAAACCCAAGCAUUAAAAAAAUAUAUUCUUUAACAGAAUCGUGGUUCCUGGGUCCCGGGGGAUUUUGACUCCCUUCUUCCCCUCCCUCAUCACUCGACAGUUCUGUUGGGAGCGAACAAUAAACGUCAACAAUCAUCACUAUUUUGCGAACAUGGCAUUUUAAAAAAAAAUGUACUACAGUAUUUUGUGAUUGAAGGUUGUUUUCUGGAUUAACACUGGAGUAGCUGGUUCUGAACAAUAAGACUUAAUUGAAAAGGAACUGAAAGUUUUAUCAAGUUAGCUGCUUAAAAUAUUUUUAUUUUUAAAUUUAAAUAUUUUAACAAACAUUCUAUGUAUAGUCGUCAUAGAUGACUUAAAUUAACUAACCUUUCACUUCAGUAUUUUUUUUUUUUUUUCUAAUUUCCUAGAAGCCAUGUCACUCCAUAUUUACUUUUUUCUUUCCCUGUGAUGAGAAAAAUGUUUUUUUUGGUAGGAUUCAACUCUCAUUAUCACUAUUUAGUAUUUGUAUUCGAGAAUCAUUUGAUGUUUGUAUUUGUUUUGAACUUUUUUUUAAAUAAAAAAUAAAAAAAUCCUCCAUAUUCUCACAGGUCUAUAAUAUGUACAAGUAACUUUGGAAUCCAUCCUAGAGGUCUUUAAAACAGCAAAAUUUUUCAGUCUGUACUCAUUGACUUUUAUUUUAAAUGUAAUUUAUUUGUUUAAGGCUUUCCAUCAAAUUAAGUUGUUCGGAAAACUGGUUUGUAACCACAAGCUACUGAAUUUUCAGUCUUGCACCAUAGAAAUGCCUAUAAGUAGGGAUAAGAUUUUAUGAUUUUAUCAUCAGACUAAUUUAGUUUUUAAAACAGGAGAUCUCAGUGUUAUUGUUUUUAUAUAAUUUUAUAAACCCUGUUCAUUCAUAAGUAGAGCAUAUUAUUAAACAAAUAUGACGCUUAAAUAUUUCAUAAUUUUUGUGACAUGAUAAAGGCUGUUCUUUUAUGAUAUAAUAAUUUGUAAUAAACAUUUCUAAUGACUCUGAACAAUAAAAAUAAGUCUGAAAGUAACUGUGUGUUUGAAAAAGUACCAAUGCUGUAAUGUCAAAAAAUUGAGUUACUAAUAACAGUUAAAAAAAUAAAAAGAGUAAAAUAAGUUUCGAUCUAUUUAGCACAUCAAUUUGGUACAGAUUUCAUGUUUUAAUAUGUAUCAUUCCUUGAGUUUAUUAAAUUAAAAACAAAUUUUUGUAUUUUGAAUUAAAUUUUUGAAUAAAAAUGCUGACCAUUUU